AUUUGAUGCUGCCCCUGUCGUAGUAAUUCAGCUUCUUCAACUAAAAAUGCAGGUACUCAGCAUAAAAGCCUCCUCCCCUCCCCCCCAUCCAUACCCAUACCCAUACUCAACUCACACCACCACCACCACCAAACAAUCAUCUCCCCCCCAAAAUGCCAAUUAUAAACCUGACCUUGCUACAUCUCUCCACGGCCCUCCUUCCAACCUCAACCCCCACCGCAAUUCCAACAUCCCACCACCUCCACACCCACCUCACAACCACAACCCACCCCAAAACAAUCAGCAUCUACACCCAACUCGAAGACCCAAGCAUCAUCUACCUCCUCCAUGAGGACUCCACCACCAAGAAUCAAAUCCCCAUCACAACCCAAGCUACAAUCGAAAUCACCCACAAAUCCACCCACAGAAUCGACCUCGACCUCCCAGCCCAGACCCUCCCACUGACCGCCCCCGUCCUCGCGAUAGGUCGGUACUUCAUCCGACGUGGCCAACGCGCCGAGUUCCAGCGGACGUUUGAGGCGAGCAAAGCCCAUCUUGAGGCGUUCACGGGUCCGUAUCCGCUGGUGGGCGGGUGGGUUGCUGGGGGUGAAGGGGGUGAUAGGGAGGAUACAGCAGAUACAGACGACGGGGCAGCGGAGUUUGUUCUGUUUAGUGGGUGGGAUACUGUUGAGAGGCAUUUUACGUUUGCGGAGACGGAGGGGUUCAGGGAGUUUAUGAGGAUCAAGGAGUUUAUGGAGGGGGCGGAGAUUAAGCAUGCUGUGAGGUGGGAAGGGGGUGUUUGAGGGUUGUGUUUGUUGUGUCGUUGUGGAAUUAGGUAUUGUGUAUAUUAGGUGCUGUGGUGGUUAAGGAUCUCAACUCUUACUUAUACAGUGUGGUACUAUGCUCAGCGUGAUAUUAUGCCGUUAGAACAGUGCUAGACAGCACAAGGCAGAUCCAC